AUGGAAGUGCCAGAAGCUGCUCCUAUUCUUCCUCUCCUGAAGGGGAAAGUCGCAAUUGUUACGGGUGGCUCUCAGGGCAUGGGCAAGGAGACUGCAUCUGUGUUCCUGAAAGCCGGUGCUAAGGUGGUGAUUGCCGAUAUUAAAGUCGAACAAGGCGAAGAAGUAGCGAAGGAGCUCUCUUCUCUUGGAGAAAUUCGCUUCGUAAAGACGGACAUUUCCAAGUCAGACGAGGUUCAGAAUCUGAUUGCGCAGACUGUCAGUGCGUUCGGACAGCUAGACGUUGCAAUCAAUAACGCAGCCCACUCUCCCGAUAAUGCCGCUCUUAUUGAACUAGACGAAGCAGUUUGGCGAAGAUUGAUGGAUGUUACUUUGACUGGAACGGCGCUGUGUGUGAAAUAUCAAAUGCAGCAAAUGCGCAAACAAGGCUCAAAGGGAUCCAUUGUGAACAUUACUUCAAUCAAUGCAUUCUCGCCUGAGCCUAAUAUGCCCGCAUACACCUCGGCAAAGCAUGCACUGAUUGGAUUGACCAAACAUGCUUCUAACGAGGGUGGACCUUUCGGUAUUCGAGUGAAUGCCAUUGCCCCUGGUCCAAUCUAUAGUGACAUGUCCGCAGCUGCAUUGAAAAUCAUCGGCAUUAGUCCUGAGGAUUUUGCAGCCAAAAAGACCAGCAUGAACCGGUUUGGACAAGCCCACGAGGUUGCUCAAGGAUCCCUUUGGCUUGGCUCGGAUUGUUCUUCGUAUGUGAACGGGAUUUGCCUGCCCAUUGAUGGUGGUUCAUUGGCAAAGUGGUGA